GUCAGGGUCCGCUAGGGUACCUGCGACGCCGCCGGUUCCCCCCAAAGAUCACACACAACGUCAACCGCCAUUCCAUUCCACCUGCCAGGAGCAGGAGCCGCAACGAAACACAACACCAACGCUACCUAUACUACUACCAAACACUACGACGGACACACCGAGCAGCCGAGAGAGCAACAUCCACAUCUUCUUAACACUUGCGACGGGAACCAUACUGAACACAUUGCGCGACAUGGUAUGAGGUGAAGCGAACAUGCAGACUUACCGUCCAGGCAACACGCUACACGGAUCACGGAAGACGACGUCAAGGAGAAGCACAACAUAUCUAACAACCAACUUUCCACCACCACGCGGAUAAUACACAUACACACACACACGAAGAUGGAUUUACCGCCCGUCAACCUCGCCGAGCUGCUCCGGCACCCCGAUGAUCUCGACAAGAUCACCACCCUCAAGGCCGAGUUCAUGAGGAAGAAGGCAGCCGUCGACUCCCAACUUCGCAGCGGCUUGCGGGAGCAGCUCGAGACGACACAGGCCGGUAUGAACGGCCUAUCCGAGGGACAAAAGACGGUGCAGCAGAUCAAGGAGGAGAUGAUGAAAAUCGACAAGAUAUGUUCCGAGUCGCAAGACAUGAUCACCGACUUUGCAACCAUCAACCUGGUGUCCCAAGCCCACCGCAACUUUGGCGCCGUCGAGACUAUGCGCCGCAACCUCGAAACUUUCAGCGAGCGCCUAGAUACCAUCGACAGGAUGUUGAACGAGGACGACGAGGACCCCGAGAACAUGCCCAACUUGCUGGCUAUUCACUACGAGUUGACGCAGCUCCGUAAUAUCCGAGACGAUGCUAUCGAACAAAUACAGAGAGGCGACGACCCGGGCCUGCAGUCUACACUGGAGGAUUACUUUUCCCGUCUGGAUAAAUACAUCGAGUGGUUUGAUGUGAAUAUCACCCUCGUGGCCAUGAGUUUGAUCAACCUGGUUAUUGCGGACAACAACAGUUUGGUGGUGCGUUUUGCACUGAUAAUAGAGGCCGAGGAGAAGAGUGACCAGAGGGUUUUGGCUUUGCAAGAAGCGCUGAAGGAUCACAAGGAGAUGGCCACACGCUUCCAGAGCAUAACCGAUGGCGCCAAGACGGUCAGGGGUUAUAAGGACAAGUUUUUGAAGGCUAUCAAGACCUUUGCUGAGGAUCAGUUCAAGGAGAGCAAGGAGAAGUUCUUGGGCGAUCCGGAUAUGCUCGAUAAGUCUUUGAAAUGGUACUUCAACGACCUGAACGCCGUCAAGAUCGGCAUGACUCCUCUGAUGCCCAAGAAGUGGAAGAUAUUCAAGACAUGGGCUACCAUCUAUCACGGCCUGAUGCACGACUACCUCAUUCGGCUAAUCGACGACCCAGAGACCAGUUCAGCGCAUACCCUGGCCAUUAUCAGCUGGCCUGAGGCCUACUAUCGCAAGAUGACCAAAUUGGGAAUGAAGCAGGACGAACUAACACCACAUGUGAUCGACAACCGCGAGGCCGAACUAGUGCGCGACUUCCGCGCCCUCAUUAUCAAGUUCCUCGACGAAUGGAUCGACCGUAUCUACAAGCAAGAGGUCAAAGACUUUACCGACCGCAAUGUCGAGGGCGGCAACCUCGACCAGGACGAGUAUGGAUACUUCCGCACCAAGAACUUGGUCGACCUCUGGCGCAUGCUCCGCGAGCAAGUCGAUGCCGCGGGCAACUCGAAGCGUGCCGAUGUCGUCGAAGGUGUCAUCGACGCCAUGUUCCAGCGCCUACGUACCCGCCAGCAAUCCUGGCAAAAGAUGCUCGAGGACGAAGCCGCGCGGUACGAGCUGCAACCCCCACAAGGCCAACCGGAGCUGGACGGCUUCCAGCCGCUGCAGGACUGGCUCGUGGCGACAGCCAACGACCAAAUCGCCUGCAUCGACGACAACGAGGACGAAGGCCGAAUGGCGUACCUCUCCGACUUCCGGCGUAAGUUCAGCCCGCUCGUGUCGCCACAGUACAUGGACCGUGCCGAGACGGAGAUCGCGGCGCUGCGCGACGGCUACGUCGACCUGAGCACGUGGUGCAUGACCAAGUUCGCGCAGCUCGUGUUCGCGGUCGACUUCCGCACCGUCAUGCCCGACUUCUUCACGCCGCGGUGGUACACGACCAACGCCAUGGCGCGCAUGAUCGCCACGUUCGAGGAGUACGUGUCCGACUACAAGAUGGUGCUGCACCACUCGCUCGUCGACAUCUUCAUCGAAAUCUUUGCCGAGGAGCUGCUCAUCCGCUACCUGUCGUCGGUGCGCAACAAGGGCGCCAAGUUCCGCAGGCAGGAUAACUUCCAGGACAAGAUCUUUGACGAUCUCUCGACCGCCUUUGACUUCUUCAAUAACCUGCCCAACCCGGAUGUGGGCAACGCCAUCAAGGAGACGUGGCGCGUGUCGGAGCCGUUCUUGCAGUUGUUGACGGUCGAUAGGGAGGCGGUGCCGGACGCGUUUGCAGAGUUCAAGAGCCAGUAUUGGGACUUGCAGAUCAGCUGGGUCGAAGCGGUGUUGAGGUCCAGAGAUGACUUUGAGAGAAGCAUGUUGAAUGCGGUCAAGGCUAGGGCCGCCCAGAUGGACGUUGUCAGAGGACCGGAAACUAUCAUGAGCAAGGUCAAAUAAGGGGACUGGCUAGUGAAUAUUCCCAGUUGAAAGUAAUCAAGUUUAAUGAUGGGAGAUUCUUGGGGUUGGGCUGAAGUGGAAAGGGAAGGGAGUUGGAAGCCCUAUGCAUAUAAUGAUACCAGCUUUUGUAAGCUACAGCGAAGACAUUUUGGGAGUAAAUAAGAGAACUGAACACCGAUCUAAUGGUGAUUGUGAUCACUCGUGUGGGCAUACUCGUC